AUGUCCAACAACACGUUGCAAGAGGCGCUGACCGAGGUGCGGCAGCAAGAGUCGCAGAUGCGCCGGUGUCUCGAACACAAGGGCAAAAUCAUGGACGCUGUCAAACAUGCCUCGACUCUUUUGGCCGAGCUUCGUUCGUCCACCCUGCCGCCCAAACAGUACUACGAACUGUACAUUGUGGUAUUUGACGCAUUGGCGUACCUCGGCGCCUUUCUCAAGGACUCCCACCCCACCCACCACCUUGCGGACCUCUACGAGCUGGUCCAGUACGCAGGCAACAUUGUGCCUCGUCUCUAUCUCAUGAUCACCGUGGGUACAGUGUACAUGGGCAUGGACGAUGCUCCCGUCAAGGAGAUCAUGAAGGACAUGAUGGAGAUGUGUCGAGGCGUCCAGCAUCCCGUGCGAGGUCUCUUUUUGCGAUACUACCUGUCGCAGCGAUCCCGAGACAAGCUCCCCACUCUGCCUGAGGGAGAUGAGAACGCCGCUACCAAGGGCUCUCUGCAGGACUCCAUCCAGUUUGUCAUCACCAAUUUCAUCGAGAUGAACAAGCUGUGGGUGCGUCUGCAGCACCAGGGCCACUCGCGGGAGCGGGACAAGCGAACGGCCGAACGUCAGGAACUGCAGAUUCUCGUGGGCUCCAAUCUCGUGCGCCUUAGCCAGCUCGAGGGCAUCGACAAGACUUACUACCGCGAGUCGAUUCUGCCUGCCAUUCUUGAACAGGUGGUUCAAUGCAGAGAUAUUCUCGCCCAGGAGUACCUGCUGGACGUUAUCACUCAGGUGUUCCCCGACGAGUUCCAUCUCGCCACCCUCGACAUUUUCCUCGACACCAUUGCCAACCUCAACCCGGGAGUGUCCGUCCGACGAAUCGUCAUCACCAUGAUUGAACGUUUGGCUGCCUACGCCGCCCGAGAAGCCGAAAACGAAACCAACACUGUUGCCAAGCAGUUGAAGGAGGCGCACCUAGACGACGCUGUUGACAACGACAAGGACGGAGAUGACAAGGGCAAGGACAAGGAUGAAGAGGUCACAGACCCCCUCACCGCCCCCUCUGCGUCGCCCUACACCGAAGAGUACCAUCGAGGUAUUCCUGCGUCCAUGGACCUGUUCAAGGUGUUUUGGGACCACUUUCUGGGACUGCUCAAGGCCCGGCCGGAUCUGCCCCUCGAAGAUCAGAUGGCCAUUCUUGGAGCUCUUACAAAGCUCUCCAUGAAUGCUUACCCCGAGCGUCUGGAGUUUCUGGACCAGAUCUUUUCUCAUGCCGCCGAAAAGCUCAAGGCUGCCGACUCGGCUGCCACCUCCUCCAAGGAAACCGUUGAUGCGCUGCUGGCCAUGGUUCUGGCGCCUAUCAACUUCUACAGCCGGCUGUUGACGGUUCUGUCGGUGCCCUCGUACCUGGAACUGCUUCAAUCACAGACUGCCGCUUCCCAGCGAGUGGUUGCCAUUGCUGUGAUUGACUCUGUGCUCAAGGAGCAGGCCCAUAUCACCGAUAUUGGCGAUGCCGAAGGUGUGUUUGGACUGCUGCAGAUCCUGAUUGUUCCUCGAGGAGCUGCUGCCCAGUCUGAAGACGAAGAGUCUGAAGAUGUGGCUGCCGACCAGGCCAAAAUCGCAAAGGUUGUACAUCUCUUGUACCACAAGGACCCCGACACCCACUACAAGCUGCUUGUAGUUGCUCGAAAGGCGCUUUCUGCCGGAGGACAGCUUCGAAAGUACACCUACCCCGCUCUGGUGUUUUCCACGCUUCGAAUUGCUCGUCGAUACAAGGCCCGGGAGUCUGUGUUUGUUGACUGGAUGCAGCGGACCACCGCUCUGUUCAAGUUCAUCCACAAGCUCAUUUCCGAUGUCUCUAUCACGGGUCGGGCUGAGUACGCUCUCCGUCUGUACGUUGAUGCUGCUCAGGUGGCUGACCAAUGUGGAGCCGAGGAAGCUGCGUACGAGUUCUUUGUGCAGGCGUUCACUGUGUAUGAGGAGGCAGUUUCGGACUCACGGGCGCAGUUCCAGGCGAUUUGCAUCUUCGUCAGUGCUCUGCAGCAGACACGCAACUUUUCUCUGGAUAACUACAAGCUGUUGAUUUCCAAGACGGCUGUGUACGGCAGCAAGCUUCUCAAGAAGCCCGACCAGUGCCGAGCCGUGUACAUGGCUUCUCAUUUGUGGUGGACUGUUGACGACGACGAUGAGGACGACGACGAAAACAAGGAGACACCCGAGGGUGAAGAGAGCGGGACGGCGUCUGUGCGGGACGGCAAGCGGGUGCUGGAGUGUCUUCAGCGAGCUCUGCGGGUGGCCGACGCAUGCAUGGACGUGGCGGUGCAGGUGCAGCUGUUUGUGGAGAUUCUCAACCGGUACAUUUACUACUUUGACCACGGUAACACGGAGAUUACGGUCAAGUACAUUAAUGGUCUGGUGGAGGUGAUCCAAAACAACUUCAACGACGACGGAGCCUAUGAUGCUCAGAACAUUGAGGCGCCCAAAAAGUUUUUCGACCGAACGCUCGACUAUAUUGCUAGUCAGAAGGAGGUGGAUGAGCGCUACGAGAGCAUUGUCUGGUGA